GUAAAUACAGUAUAAAUACUGGAGCUUAAGCUCAGGGUAUGGGGGAUCACUUCUGAGAAUUCUCAUCGGUGUGGAUCUCGUGUGGUGGAAUGGAACAAUAAAGCUGGACCCUUGCUUCUUCUCACUCACGGCUGGUGUAUUUUUUCUAUCUCCAACUGGUCUCAGAGGUAGAUGUGAGUAUUGGCUUCUAAGUUGAAUUUUAAAUGUUUUUGGGUAAUAGGCUAAAUUCGAGCCAACAACAGUUUGAUGAUAAGGUCGAAAUUUUGGAAAAGGCGUAUGGUCUUGAUGUUGAGGUGAUGUGGGAAUGUGAUUGGAAUAACGCUAAACAGAACGAUGUCGCUGUAAUGGCGUUUAUGUCCACUUACAUACAUCCUGAACGAUUGAAACCGCGCAACGCGCUAUUCGGUGGUCGUACUAACGCGUACAAAUUGUAUCACAAAGCCGACAAUAGUGAAAAAAUACGAUAUGUCGACUUUACAAGUUUGUACCCCUUUUGCCAGGCCAAAAAAUGUUACCCCAUAGGACAUCCACAAAUAAUUUUCAAGGAUUUUGAACCUCUUGAAAAUUAUUAUGGGUUUGUCAAGGCUACAGUACUGCCACCGCGAAAACUGCUUCACCCCGUCCUUCCCUAUAGGACCGGUGGUAAGCUUAUGUUUCCACUUUGUCGUACAUGCGCCGAACAUCAGAAUCAGACAGACCCGUGUGGUCAUACUGAUGAGGAAAGAGCUAUUUCAGGGUGUUGGGUCAGCAUAGAGCUGUUGAAAGGUGUGGAAAAGGGUUAUAUUGUAACGAACGUGGACGAGGUGUGGCAUUUUCCACAACGGUCAGAAACUUUGUUUUGUGAUUAUGUUAAAACAUUUUUACAAUAUAAACAAGAGGCCAGCGGUUUCCCCGCACACGUUAUGACAGACGCAGACAAGGAAUCCUACAUCUCAGACUACUUUGAGAAAGAGGGGAUUAAGAUGGACGCCGGUAAGAUAAGUCGCAAUCCAGCACGGCGUUCUAUUAACAAACUUCUGCUGAACUCACUUUGGGGUCGUUUCUCCAUGCGUGAAAACUUGCCGUGUACAGAGUUAAUUUCGGAUCCGGAACAAUUUACACAGCACAUAUUCGGUGACGGGUAUGAUGUUAAACACUUUUCCUUCGUUUCAGACAGCGUGGCUCUAAUUCAGUGGUGUUAUGGGGAUGGGAAAGGGGGGCAGACUCGCGACAUCAACAUCUUUCUCGGGGCUUUCACAACAGCUCAUGCCCGUCUAGAACUUUACGAAUUAAUGGACAAAUUGGGUGACAGGCUGUUGUACAGUGACACAGACAGUGUGAUCUUUACAUCUAGAGAGGGCGACUGGGAACCUCCGUUGGGCCCCUAUCUCGGUAAUUUAACUGACGAGGUUGGUGCUGGUGAUCAUAUUGUAGAAUUUUGUUCAGGCGGUCCGAAAACAUACGGCUACCGCACUGCGAAGGGUAAGGUUUGCAUGAAAGCCAAAGGUGUCACGCUCAACGCAGUAAAUUCAAAAGCCAUUAGAUUAGACACCCUGAUUGGACUUGUCGAUCACUACGUCGUGGGGGAGGAUAAUAGUCGUCAUAUACUGGCAUACACAGAUACCAUUGUACGUAAUAAAAAACAAUUCACACUACACAACAGGUCAGUUGUUAAAAAGUUUAAGGUUGUGUACAACAAACGCGUACUGCUCCCAGAUUUCACAACGAUCCCAUAUGGCUUCUGACAAUCUCUUUGGACAUAGGGGUGUGCGAGACACAGAGGGGUUUGAUUUCCGAUUACAUCACCCUUUCUCGUGUGUGAUAAGCGGUCCUUCAAACUCGGGGAAGUCAUAUUUUGUAAAAAUGUUGUUGCAAAAUGCUGUACAUUUGAUAUCUAAAAAAAUUGAAAAUAUUGUGUAUAUUUAUGAUUGUUGGCAACCGUUGUAUGAUGAAUUGUUGAAAAUGUACAAAAUAAAAUUUGUUGAAGGAUUACCACAGACUCUGAAUGAUGAUGCUCUGUUUCCGACCAACGCGGUUAAUUUGUUAAUCCUCGAUGAUCUGAUGAAAGAGGCCAGCGGGAGCAACGAAGUGGAGAAGGUCUUUACCCAAUAUGUACAUCAUAGAAAUCUUAGCGCUAUUUAUAUUGUACAGAAUUUAUUUUGCCAAGGGAAAUCCAGUAGGACCAUCAGUUUAAACACGAAUUAUCUAAUGUUGUUUAAAAAUCCCAGAGAUGCUAAUCAAGUCAGUGUUCUAGGAAGACAAAUGUAUCCAGGCAACACAAAAUUUUUUAUGGAAUGUUAUCGAGACGCAACCAGCAAGCCUUUCGGGUAUCUGCUGAUUGAUUAUAAAACAAAAACUCCCGAACACUAUCGGCUCAGAACAGAUUUACUUGCGCCACACCCUGUGGUAUAUCUCCAGAAAAGAAGAUAGCGAAAUGUCUGCCAGACUUUGUAGAAACCUGCCGCUUUUAAAAAUAUUAUUAAAAGCGUCACCCAAACAAAGACGGAUUAUUUUACAGACUGCCACAGACGAGCUCAUUGCGACAUUGUGUGAAGUAGCUCUUAACGUUCUCUACGGCAACAUACCUCUCACAUCUCAACAAUACCAGAAGCUCAGAAGAAGGAAAAGCGUAAUCAAAUUUGUAGCGGAUAAGACUGUUGGUGUUAAAAGAAAGAGACGUGUAAUAAAUCAACAGGGGGGAUUUCUUCUACCGCUCUUAAGCGUAGCUAUCCCUUUCAUCUCCAGCCUGAUUGCAUCUAGAUAACAGAGGGAAUGGAGUACGCAGAGAAAAUGUUUUUAGUCCCGCAGCACCAGUUGGACAAACUAAAGACCGGGACAGCACGCGAAUCUAUUCAACAAAUCGUGGAGAAUGAUUUGGACAUUGCUAUAAGAAAUAUCUUGCACCGCUCUGACUUGGACAGUUAUGAAAAAGCGAAGCUGUACACAAACGUUUUACAGCGCUUUUUAACAGUCGCUAGACAAGGGGACCGUGAAAACAGCACAUUAACAUUGACACCUAUGCAGACUGAGCAUCCUGAACAAGAAAAGCCGUCUGCGCCGCCCGGCGUAAAACACCACGACG